GUUCCCCCAGCAGAAGCCAUGGUUGCUCCGCGCAUCGUAUAUGCAGUCAACUGCCGGGAGUCGGUUCGGCUUGCUCUAGACACUGCCAGGUACUAGUACAUAUAACUCCCUCUGUCGGCGGACUUCAGUCUCCCCUCAGGGGAUCCAUGCUCUCCGGUCAGUCGGCUGCUUGCUUGUCAUGUUGCUUGAUCGCAGAAUUGUAACCGGGCUUGCUGGUCUAUGGGCCGCCUCGGUGGCCCACGCCGCCUGUUCGUCCAACCUUGUCAUUGACAACUUUACCAAAUGGACCAGCGGCGUGAACAAUCUUGACUGGCCCAACGGAGAUGAUGGAUCCAUGACGGCGAUUGCCGGCUCUGCGGGCCAGGUCAUCUUCAUUCCCAAAGACGACGGCUCGUACUUUUACGAGUCGUUCGAAUGCCAGCAAGCCGUAACCAAUGGCUACGGGGGCAUUCAGUUCACCGUCCAGGGGCCGCGUGGCGGUUCGUUCGCAGUGGAGUUGCAGACGACGGAUAGCUGCGCCAACGGCAACACCGGAGCCUUCAGAAGCUCGUAUAACAUCAUCAGCGACCUGACGGGCCAGCGUCAGACAGUCACGCUGCCGCUCAUAGGCUUCGAUAACGAUCCAAACUACGACGCCAUUGUCGGCCUGGCAUGGUCAGGCUUCUCGCAGACCGGCGUGCAGUGGUCGGUUGGCAAUAUCACGCUUAUCUGCGGCGAGGUGGCCGUCAGCCCUACGACUACUGUGUCAACAAGAUCUGUCAUACCGACGACGACAACAACGAGGUCAACAGUCAGGACAACAACAGGCCGGACAACAUCGACCAGGAUAACGACCAGGACAACGACCAGUUCGCCAGUUAUAACAUCCCAACCGGCCACUUGCUCAAACAACCUGCUGAUCGACGACUGGGCAUCUCAGUCACGCCUCACAUUCCUGGGCUACAAUGCCAUGAAUCAACCCUCGAGUGAUGACGGAUCCAUGGCUUCGGUCGUGGUGAGCAACGGAAGGCUGCUCCUCAGCCCGAGAAACACCGACUCGUACUUUUACAGCCAGUUUGGUUGUAUAAAUGUGAGCAACCGUUACGGCGGUAUCUCGAUGCGGAUUAGGGCCGCACGAGGCACAACCUUUUCUGUGACGCUCUCAUACUACCGCACAUGCGGUUCCGGUACUGCCAGCACAGUAACCAUGACGACGGCACAACUGAAAUGGACUUUUGACGGAACCGAGAGGCUGUAUUGGUUCCCCUUUUCCGUCUUCACCGGUGUGGACACGACCAAACUUGACAUGAUUUACUUCUCCAACUUCAACACCGCCGCUGUCUUUGGCCCCAUGUCCUUCUACUGCGGCUCUACUGCCACUGACUACACUCCUGCGGCCGCCACGCCGACGGCGCCCAUCGUUACACGUUCGACGACGCGCGUGUCGGCUCCCAAUGUGUCGGGCUUCGUGAUUGAUCAGUUUGAUGACGCUACCACGAACGCGCUGGGACAGUGGCACGGCGGCGAGGAGGGCAUGACCGUCACCUUCGGCAACAGGCUCAUGACGAUCCGCACCAACGACUCCGACUUGAGCUGGAACACGCAGUUGACAGACACGUGCGCCGACCUGAGCGCCUACGCCGGCGCCUACCUCCACAUUGCCUACUCCGGAAGCAACAAGUUCAGUGUCGCCCUGCAGCAGCACAAUUCACGCUGCAAUGCGAACAUCGCACCGUUUCCCGAGACGUGGGACUCCCUCGAAGCGGCACGGUACGCCACGGCCACCGACAUCUACAUGCCCAUCAACCACUUCAACGUCGACCUGACCCGCGUCAUCGGCUUCACCCUCAAGGGCUUCUACAGCACUGAGCCCACUACCAUUACCAAGAUGGAGAUUGUCAACGCGGUCCCUGCCCGCUGGACCGUCCCAAGCAAGCUGGCAUCCGGCAAGCUCGUCUUUGCGUGCACGCGGCCCAACUCAUUCGCCUUCGCCAUUGACGACGGCGACCCCAAGUACGCCAAGCGGGUCAUGGACAUCAUCAAGCAGGCCGACAUUCCCGUGACCUUCUUCACAGUCGGGCUACCGCUGCUGGACACCUCCAACGGGCUGGCCGCCGCGUACAAGGACAUGGCCGCGCGCGGCCACCAGAUCGCGAUGCACUCGUACACGCACCCGCCCAUGGAAGGGCUGCCGGACACGGCCAGCAUCGACUGGGAGUACAACAACGACAUUGGCGCCGUGCGGCAGGCCUUCAACGGCGCCGGCGCGCCGUACACCACCACAAACUACUUCCGCCCGCCCUUCGGCACCGAGGGCGCCCGCAUGCGCCAGCGCCUGGCCGCCGCCCUGAACGACCCCAACCCGUACAUUGUGGGGUGGAGCAUCGACGUCGAGGACUGGAUCUGGGCGCAGAGCGACACGCCCGAGAAGCAACUCGACGCCUUCAAGCGCGACGUCGCAAAGGGGGGCAACCUGCUCGUCAUGCACUACCUGUACAACUCGACGGUUGAGUACCUGCCCGAGUUCAUCCGGCUGGCCAAAGCCACGGGCAAGCAGCUUAUGCGGGUUGAUCAGUGCAUGGAGGAUCCGAAGGCGCCGCCUUUGUAAGUGAGCAUGGGACGAAACGGACCCGUGAUACCGUCGUUUUCACGUAUGGUGGGAUGCUUUGGUGUGUAAAUGAUUUCGGUGAAAGAGUCAUGA